AUGCGUGGGGCAUUUUCUUGUAAUUAUAGGCUUCAACCAACGUCAGUGGUUCCCUUUCACGCGGCGAUCCCGCGGGACCUCCUCUCACGGCCUCUCCUCGUCGUCCGUCGUGUCGUCUCAAACAGCCGAACACGCACUAUCACAGUCGCGGCCCUAUCGCGCCUGCCUAAUUACCACGUUUCCGCACUAGCCCCAGCAGCCGCACUUGAGUGCGCGAACGACAGCAGAAACGGGAGCUUCCAACCCCGUGCAACCGCCUCGUCUUCCUUCUCGCCAGCUCAAUUCGCAUUCCCGCCUCCCCGUUUCUCCUUUCCAAUCCCCAGGACCCCUUCCGGUCACCCCGUUUCCCCUUCCCGCUUCCCCAAUUCCCCUUCCCGCUCUCCGUUUCCCCUUCCCGCCUCUCCGUUUCCCCUUCCCGCUCCCCGUUUCCCCUUCCCACCACCCCGUUUCCCCAUCCCGCUCCCCGUUACCCCUUCCCGCCUCCUCAAUUCCCGUUCCCGCCUCCCCGUUUCCCCUUCCCGCUCCCGAUUUCCCCUUCCCGCCUCCCCGUUUCCCCGUCCCGUUCCCGUUUCCCCUUCCCGCCUUCCCGGUUCCCCGUCCCGCUCCUCGUUUCCCCUUCCCGCCUCCCCGUCGACCCUUCUCACUCCCCGUUUCCCCUCCCCGCUCCCCGUUUCCGCUUCCCACCUCCCCGUUACCCCUUCCCGCCUCCUCAUUUCCCCUUCCCGCCUCCCCGUUUCCCCUUCCCGCCACCCCGUUUCCCCUUCCCGUCUUCCCGUUACCCCUUCCCGCCUCCCCGAUUUUGCUUCCUGCUCCCCAUUUCCCCUUCCCUCCUCCCCGUUUCCCCUUCCCGCUCCCCGUUUCCGCUUCCCACCUCCCCGUUACCCCUCCCCGCCUCCUCAUUUCCCCUUUCCGCCUCCCCGUUUCCCCUCCCCGUCUCCCCAUUACCCCUCCCCCCUUCCUCCCUCUCAUUUCCCCCCCUUCUCCUCCUUUUUCUCCCCGCUUCUCCCUCUCAUUCGCCCCCUUGCUCCCUCGCAUGUCCCCCCUUUCCCCUUCUCGUUUCCUCCCCUUCUCCCUCUCCCCUGA